AUGUAUCAAUUAAAUGAAGUGAAUUUAGAAAAAAUAUCUAAUGAAGAAUUAGUCAGAAAAAUAAUAGAACUGCAAAAUUAUUUGAUAAAAAUUUCUGAUGAUAUGGAAUUCUUUAAAAAUGAAAAUAAAGAACUAGAUGAAGAGAAUGAUAAUCUUCAAAAACAUAUAAAAGAUAUCGUAAAUAAAGUUAAAAGUGAAUCUACACAAAUAUUUGAUAAAAAUAAUUCAGUUAGUUCAUAUAUUGAGAAAAAUGAAAAUAUAAGUUACAAAAAUUCUAAUAAAGAGAGCAUAAAAGAUAAUGAAAAAAGUGUAAAUAAAAAUAUUAAUAUUAAUAAUGAUAAUAUUAUUAUAAAUGAUACAAACACUUUAAAUAAUAAAUAUAUAAAUGAUGAUAAAAUAAAAAAAAAUGAUAAAGUUAUAGAUGAUGGUAAAACAAUAAAUGGUGAUAAAAUAAUAAAUGGUGAUAAAAUUAUAAAUGAUAAUAAAAUUGUAGAUAAUUCCAAUAUUAUAAAUGAAAAUAAAAUAAAGAAUGAUGAUAAAAUUAUAAAUGAUAAUAAAAUAAAAAAUGAUGAUAAAGUUAUAGACGAUAGUAAAAUAAUAGACGAUGAUAAAAUUAUAAAUGAUAAUAAAAUAAAAAAUGAUGAUAAAGUUAUAGAUGAUAGUAAAAUAAUAGACGAUGAUAAAAUUAUAAAUGAUAAUAAAAUAAAAAAUGAUAAAGUUAUAGAUGAUGGUAAAACAAUAAAUGGUGAUAAAAUAAUAAAUGGUGAUAAAAUUAUAAAUCAUAAUAAAAUAAAAAAUGAUAAACAUAUAUGUAAAAAUGUAAAUAAAAAUUUAGAAAAAGAUAUAAAUGAUAAUACAAUUCUUCUUAAUAAUAAGAAUGAAAGCAUAAAUGGAAAUAUAUUAAAAGAUCUUUCAUCAAAAAGUAAUAUUUAUAAUAUGUUAAUGGAAACAGAAAAAUUGAAUUCUGUUUUUAACAUAGCAUCGAAUGUUCUUAGCAAUUCUUUCUUUAAAUUAUCAAAAGAUAAUGAUAAAAAAAAAAGAAUGAAUAAAAAUGGCAUAAGGAGUGAUUACAAAAAUUCCAGUAAUUUAAAUCAAAUUAAUUAUAAAAUAAAUAACAGCACAAAUAAAUCUCAAAACAACGAAAAUAUAAAUUAUUUAAAGAAUAAUAAUAUGAAAUAUUCUAAUAAUAAAAUUAAAAAUUGUAAUAUGAACAUUUGUACUAUAGAUGAUUUCACAAAUAAAAAUAAUUUUUCUCAAAAAGAAAAAGAAAACAAAAGAUAUACACUCAACAAUAAAAAGUAUUCGGAUUUAGAAAAUAAUGAAGCAAAAUUAAGCAAUAGAAAUGAAUUUAGUGAUACACAUAAAUAUAGAAUUGAAAACAAUGAAAAAGAAAAUAACCACAAUAUAAAAAAUGAAAUAAAAAAUAAAGAUACUCAUAAUAUAGGCUAUAAAAUUAUAAAAACUCAAAACAAUUAUGAUGUAAAUUAUAAUAAAAAUAAUGAUAUUGAUAAUAAAAAUGGAAAUGAAUGUAAUAUAUUAGAUGAUGUUAAGAACGAAAAUCAAAAUAUAGUUGGAAAUGAUAACAUAAGCGAAUGUGAUAACACAAGCAUCAUUAGUAAAGAUUUUUUAAAUGAAUCUGAAAAUAAAAAUAAGAUAUUAAAGUUGAUGGAUAACGAGAAUAUUGAUAAAGAUGAAUAUAAUAAUGAAAAAGUUGUUAAAAAAGAAAAUAACAAUGCUUGA